AUGCAUUCGUCUGGCCCCACUAGUAUUGACAGUAGUUUCGGUAAUAUAUCACCUUUACCAAUUCCUGCGGUGGCAUACAAUACCCAUAUAGAUCCAAGCACCAAAACUCGUAAAAAAUUAUCCGGCGUUAUUAAACCUCCUAAAAUUUUAAAUCCUAAUCUUUACAAAGCGUCCAAAGCUCUGGAGUCUGGACAUUACCAAGAAGCAAAUGAUUGCUUAACUCGAUUAAUUAAAUCCUAUCCAAAUAGCUAUUCACUUCGAUGUAAUAGGGGUUUUGCGCUGAAAAAACUUGGAAAUUUAACUGAGGCAUUACAAGAUUUUGAUCACGCAAUUAAAAACAAUCCUGGAAAAUCACGUGGUUUAUUACUUAGAGGUGAAACGUUUUAUUAUAAGAAAGAAUAUGAAUCCGCGAAAAAUGAUUUAAAUAAAGGCUUUCGAUUAAGUGCUAAUGAGAACAUAUCAGAACAAUUUAUUAUUGCAACUAGAAUUUAUGGCGAGAUUAUGGCAUUAGAAGAGAAUUAUACUGAUGCUUUGAUAUAUUUUAAUAGGGUAUUAAAAUAUUCACCAUAUGAUUCUAAGACCUUACAAGCACGCGGUCUGAUAAACAUUAAACUUCAAAGAUAUUUAGACGCUCUUAAUGACUUUAAUGCAUUUUUAAAUAUUGAACCAGAAAAUCCAGAUGCUCUAGGUUCAAGAGGUUUCUUAUUUAAACAACGGGGAAUGUAUGAUUUGGCAUUAAAUGAUUAUACCAAAGCAAUGAGUGUAUCAAAACGAAAAGAUCUUCAACUUCUCUUAAAUCGGGGAAAAGUCUAUCAUUCCCAAGCCCGAUACGAAGAAGCAUUGAAGGAUUUUAAUGAACUUUUAAAAUUAAAAUACUCAGAUGUUACAAGAAUUUUUCGAAAUCGUGCAAAAGUUUAUCGAUCUUUGUUACGAUACCAAGAAGCGCUCUCGGAUUAUACUGAGGCAAUUAAAUAUGACGGAAAGGCCUCGACUUAUAGAAAAAGAGCUGAAAUAUAUCAUAUUUUAUUACAGCCUACUGAAGCUCUAUCUGACUUAGAUCAAGCAUUGACGAUUGACCCAUCCGACAAAAGUGCUGAAUCUUUACGUAAUCAGGUUUACGCGUUAUUGAAAAAAUAUGAUAACGCGUUGGAUGGUUUAAACAAAAUAUUAAACGAUAAUCCACUUGAUAUUAUAUCACGUGUAAACCGUGGUGAAGUGUUACGUAACAUGAAACAGUAUUCAAAUGCUUUAAUUGAUUUAGAUUUUGUUGUGGACAAUGAACCCAAAAACAUUAUCGCUUUGUUGAAUCGUGCCAAAGUUUAUCGUAUGCUUCUGAAUUAUGAUGCUGCGUUAAUUGAUUUGAACAAAGCGAUCAAUACUAAUCCGAAUAACGCGCGUUUACGCCGAAAUCGUGGACAGUAUCAAUUAGCAUUACAGGAUUAUAACUUAGCAGUUCAAUUUAAACCAGAAAAUGACAUUUCAAUCUUAAGUCAUCGAGCAAAAGCUUUUCAAAUCUCAUCAAAAUGGCAAGAAGCACUUACAGAUUGGAAUCAAGUAUUAAAAAUUUCACCAAAAAAUGUAGAAGGUUUAGAAAAUCGAGCACAAAUUCUUUUCAAACUUUUAAGACAUGAAGAAGCUCUAAACGAUUUAGACAAUGCUUUAAGCGUAAAUCCCAUAAAUUUCUUCGCACUUUGUAUUCGUUCAGAAGUAUAUCAUGCGAUUGAACGCUAUGAUGAAGCAUUAGAAGAUAUUAAUGCAGCGCAUUCAGCACCAAAUUGUGGAAACAUGUGUUUUGUGCUUAUGAUGCGUGGAGCAAUAUAUCGAGGUUUGAAAAAAAAUAAAGAAGCAAUGUUGGAUUUGAAUAAUGCAAUAAAAUCCAAACAAACAAAUGCGUUAAACACAUGGUGUCGAAUAAAAGCAUAUGAACAUCGUGCAGCUCUUUAUAGAUCUAUGGAACAAUAUCAAAAUGCGCUUGAUGAUCUUAAUAAAGUGUUAGAAGUAGACCCAACGAAUUUCUUCGCGUUAUGUGAAAGAAGUAUUAUUUUAAGAGAUGUUGUUGGUCGAUACGAUGAGGCAUGGGAUGAUUUGGAAUUGGCUUUGGAUGUAAAAGAAGAACCUUUUGCAAAUGACUUUGCCGUUAAAGAAUUACUUAUUUACGAGGCAUAA